AUGGUAAUUUUUGAUGUUUUAAUUAGAUUUUAUAGUUUUGUUUCUUAAUUUUUGUGUUUUAAUGGCUUUUUUACGUUUAAAUUGCAAUUUUGAGGAAUAUUAUUCAAAAGUAACGUAGAAGCAUUUGGGUCUGAUUACUGUGUUUUAUAAAAUUGCUAGUUUUAGCUUCAAUGCGAGCUCAAAUUGUUGGAGAACAUUGGUGAAGACCGCGCUGAAGAAUGUAUACAUUUGGCGAGACAACUGAAAAUGGACUGUUUGGUAUUCAGAUGUCUAGAGGUGUUGUAUACCAAGUUUACAAUGCCCGAUUUUCACAUUGAGCAGCGGCAAGAAAACAUGAUUGUUUCCAACGCUAUCAACACCUUGAGUGCAAUAACUGGAUUUGAUGAAGAAGAUCGAGAAGAAUUGCUUGAGCUUCCAAGAUUAAGACCACAUUUCUAA